CACUUGGUCAGUGAAUGGUUAAGUGAAAAGAGCGAUAAAGCAGGGAAGCCUACAGACAGUCUGUCGGAAAGGCCUCUACGCAUAACCACCGACCCUGAAGUUCUGGCUACUCAGCUGAAUUCCUUACCAGGUCUCACUUACAGUCCACAUGUAUAUUCAACUCCAAAGCACUAUAUUCGUUUUACUUCACCAUUCCUUUCAGAAAAGAGGAGGAAAAAAGAACCUGUGGAAAACAUUACUGGCUCUUGUAAGAAGCGUUGGUUGAAGCAGGCUUUGGAAGAAGAAAAUUCAACAAUGAUCGAUAGAUUUAAUUCACCAUCACAAGAGAGAUCUAGAAGUCCAGCCAUCAACGGUGAAAAUAAAAGUCCUUUAUUACUGAAUGACAGCUGUUCCCUAACAGAUCUAACGACACCACUAAAAAAACGAAGACUCUAUCAGCUGUUGGAGUCUGCAUUCUCAGAAACCUCCACUCCUACUCCUUCUCCAUACGCCACACCAACCCAUGCUGACGUCACUGCCUCCGAGCCAUCGCUGUUCGCUACUCCUCCUAGGGUGAAAACGGAAGAUGAAGCUUGUAGAAAUGGUUACAAACCCAUCUAUUCACCAGUUACUCCUGUAACUCCAUGUAUACAUGGCAAUACCAUGCACUUUGAGAAUAUUUCCUCACCUGACAGUUCCCCAGAAAUAAAAAGGCGAGCUUACAGUCAAGAGGGAUAUGACAGAGCAUCGAUUCUAGCACUGAAUUCUUUCAGAAAUUCCAACCUGACAGAAAUGGGCCUGCAAGAAAUAAAGACUAUUGGGUACUCCAGUCCGAGGAAUAGGACUGAUGUCACACGUCAGUGCACUGGAGAGAUGGAAUCAGUGUCAGACCUUCAGCUGGGACUCGAAGUAAUUGAGCAAAGCGCACUGCAUAAAAACCUGGAAGCCCCCACACAUGAUAGGACUGAUGCAAACAGCCAAUUAGAAACUGCUCAUUGUGGACGGGGCACAAUUUAUUCUUCCUGGGUAAAAAGUCCCGACAGGACAGGUGUAAAUUUCUCAAUGAAUUCUAACUUGAGGGACUUGACCCCUUCACAUCAGUUGGAGGUAGGAGGUGGAUUCAGAAUAAGCGAGUCAAAGUGCCUGAUUCAAGACGAUGCUAGAGGCAUGUUCAUGGAAGCAUCUGUUUUUUGUACUUCAGAAGAUGGAAUUGCAUCUGGCUUUGGAAGGACUGUCAGUAAUGACAACUUGAUGGAUGGGAAUUGCACACCCCAGAAUCCUCCGCAGAAGAAAAAGGUAUCCUUAUUAGAAUACCGUAAGAGACAACGAGAAGCUAGGAAAAGUGGCUCCAAGACAGAGAAUUUUCCCCUGGUUACUGUAUCUCCUCAUGCUGCUGCUGGAGGAAGCAUAAGUAGUAACAAUGGUGCUAAUGAUGGGUAUAACAACAGUGGUGAAAACGGGGAGCAAACUGAUAGCGCUGCAAGCCUACCUUUACCACUGCCAGCUACUGUUUAUAAUGCAGCUCCAGAGGACACUGGCAACAACAGUGCAAUUAAGGAAUCUGCUGCCAGUGAGAAGAAUGAACCAGAAGUUCAGUGGACUGCAUCAACCUCUGUGGAACAAGUACGAGAGCGAAGUUACCAGAGAGCUUUACUUCUCAGCGAUCAUAGGAAAGACAAGGACAGUGGGGGAGAAUCACCCUGUAGCCCCUGCUCACCAUCUCAUGUUCAGUCUCCACCUUCAUCUCAUUCAAAUCCCAUUUCCCAGUUGCAGCUUAAGGUCCCUUCUUUCACUGAAUUUAUGGAAGAACCUGAUCCUGAAAAUCCAGAGCCUACUUCUGAAUGUCCGUCCCCAGAUACUUCACAGAAGACUUGCAAGAGUCCGUCAAAAGCAAGCAAGCCCUCUUCGCCGAGUCCUGUCGUUUCAACGCAGUCACUUGGGAAAACGCCCGCAAAACCAGAUUCGCAAUGGGAAACUGCACCCGAGGCUGAAUGUGCGAAUCACCCAAAACCCGAGCUGCAGCAAAAACAGCUGACAAAUAACGUCCAAGCACUUUCAAAAACUCACCCAUCUCAACCACACCUGCGCAGUUCUGCCGAGCAACUUUCACAUUCACAGAAGUUGCCUUCUGCACCUUUGAAGCUGCAUUGCCCCCCUUCACCUCACGUGGAAAACCCCCCCAAGCCUUCCACCCCACACGCGCCCGUGCAGCACGGGUACCUUUCACCAAAGCCUCACUCGCAGCAGCUGGGAUCUCCGUACAGACCUCAUCACCCGCAGUCACCUCAAGUCGGGACGCCCCAGCGGGAGCCUCACCGAAGCUUCUACCCGGCAGCGCCCACCCUUCAGCCCAGCAAUCCGCAGCAGCCCAGCGCGCCCCUCUUCACUCAGACAACGUCAGGACAAUCUUCAGCCUCUUACAGCCAGUUCAACCAACAAAAUUUGAACAACAGUGCACCACCUCCCCCACCCCCUCCACCCCCUUCUUCUUCAACUUACUAUCAAAACCAGCAGCCCUCUGGAAACUUUCCAAGUUACAGCCAGCUGAAGGGCAGCAUCCCCCCCCAGACUGUGUUUUCAUCCGGACCAAACCAAGCACUUCCUGGCGCUGCGGGGCAGCAAGCAGUGCCAGGGCACCACGUCGCAGCGGGUCACUUUCUGCCCUCUCAGACCCCCAGUAUUCAUCACCAGGCAGCGGCGUCCGCUGCUCCACCUCCUCCUCCGCCUCCCCCUGCCCCGGGACCCCACCUUGUACAGCAGCCGAGCGCCCAUCAGCAGCACUCUGUAGCACACGUCGUCGGUCCGGUGCACGCCCCACCGCCGGGUCCUCUCCCCCACCACCAAGCUCCCCAUCCUUCAACCGGACACCAAGGUUUGCAAGCACAACACCAGCAUGUUGUAAACUCCGCGCCUCCCCCGCCGCCGCCCCCGCCCUCCAACGUCCUGGGCUCAGGGCAUCACCCCGCGUCAGCACAAGGGUUGCACCAUCCCUCUCAUCAAGGACCCCCCCAUUUUCCUGCAAGCGCUCACACGAGCGUGUCCUCCUACUCCUCACAAGCCCCGCAUCACACGACAUUGGGCCCUGGCCCUCAACAUCAGCCUGCUGGAACAGGACCUCACUGCGCGCUCCCCGGUCAGGGGCCUCACAUCCCCCCCCAAGGACCAAGCAGUAUUGCGACACCUCCUGCGUCGGGGUUCUGCCCGCACCCCGGCUCUGUGGCCCUGCCCCACGGCGUGCAGGGGCCGCAGGCCUCCCCUGUGCCGGGACAGAUCCCCAUCCACAGAGCACAGGUGCCCCCCACUUUUCAGAACAAUUACCAUGGGUCGGGGUGGCAUUAAAAUGGAUCCCUUUAGUUCUAAACAUUUUUAAAAUGUUGUGUAAUAUAAACUGUGUAUAUUUCCUAUGUACCUGUUCGAGGUACUUUUUAAAGCUUGUACAUGAUACUUUGUAUAAAAGCAGACACCAGUGCUCUCUCAUUGUAUUCUUUCCAUUUUUUGCUUUUUAAGAUUCCUGAAAACGUGCUGUUAAGCCAGUAUUAGGUAUUUCUUUUUAUUUUGUAAGUGAACAUUCCAGCUGUUUUUUCUGGCAGUAGGUUUGAUGCUGCAUAAUCUUUAAAGUUUUAUUGUUGCAGUUAAAUUCAUUUAGUGAAUGUUUUCUAUAUUACUUUUAUACAUAUGUAAUUAAAUAAGUACACAGGCUAAGUGAGGCACUAACAAUUUUUUUUCCCCAUUUUUCUCCUGUCAGCAGUUCUUUGUGUGCAUAGAGAUAGGAACCAAUGCAAUACAAAUUUUUAUAGUUUUGGUGUGGACAUGGCUUUUUGUUUCAUCAGUUAUUUGCAGAAAAUGUAAUUUAAUGUAUAGACCGUUUCUAAUGUCUCAGACGAGUGCUGUAAAUACUGUAUUUCUUUUGCUUGUAAAAUUGCUUAAAGCAUCUUUCAUUUGAUAUAGUAUUGUACAUACUAAGUCUCUUUUGCAAAAACCAGGACGUGUGAUCUUUGUGAAAGUAGUACAGUAUAUGAUCUUUAAUUUUUUUUUAAUAUACUGUCACAUUGCAGCACUGGUUGGGCAUUUUAAUUCAUGUUAAUAAAUCACAACUCUGUCAG